AGGAGGGAAAGGUGACGGGUGUGGGGACUGAGAAUGGCUAAUAGUGAGUGUAUGUCUCUGUCCCUAUCCCCUUGGUAUCUGAGCCUCCCAUCCCAUGCUGUCAUUGAUGUACAGAAGAGCUUUGUAAACAUGGUGCCCACAAAGGUGGAAAUCACCCUGCGAAAGGCCAGCCCCAUGACCUGGGCCAAACUGGAGCAUCUCCAGAGCAGCUCUCAGACCAGACCAGACCAGACCGAGACAGACCCUAUGGAUGCCGAGGACCCCGAAGGAGUGCAAUGGGAGGAGUCAGAUGACAGCUUGAGCUGGUCAGAGGAGGGAGAUGAGGAGGGGGAGGAAGGAGCAGUAAGCAAAUGACAUUCAUGUAGCGUCUUCAAAAGAGAGAUUGAAGCCUCUUUCUUUCAAACACAAGCAUGUGGGACCCCAGAACCAUCUCCAGGUGAGCAGAUUGAAUUCCCUGGAGACUGAGGGCCAGCUCUGAAUUUAAAGCUGCUAGAGACACUGCCUCCCAAGUGUAAAGAGUUCAGCUCACCUAUGUCUCUCUGGCAUUGUCUACACUGGGAUAUUUCUUGUACACUUGUGAGGAAGUUAAAUAGCAGCUCCUAAAGUUUGACAUUUUUAAA